AUGGUGCUGGACGUCCAGAAGCCCGCCCACGGCACCGGCCUGACGGUCGAGGCAUGGGCGCAAGGCUACAUGUGUGGUAGUCUCAUCAUCAUGGCCUGUGUCGCCAUCGCGAACAUGAGAAGCCAUGUGCUGCUGCACAAGCUGAUCGUCAUAGAGCUGCUGUUCGGUACGCUCCAUGGAACCUUCAUCUUCACCAAUCCUCCAGUCUACAACUGGUACCUUAGCGUUACGGCAAUUCUCCUGAACAUCAGCUGGAGUCUUCACAAUGUCAUUGCAUGGAUGAAGAACAAGCCCUUUCUUGGACGAAAGAUAAGCCUGUUCUACAUCGGCACCGUCAUUCUCGUUCAACCAUACUGGGUACUGGAGAUUGCCGCCAACUUUCUGUACUUCAGCGGAAAGAGCCGGCUCUUCACCCAUACUAGACCGUACGAAGCACUAUUCCGGGAUCCAUGGUGGAUCUUCACAACCAUCAACCUGUUCUGGAACAUCAAAUCAAAGUAUGAGUUCGGCCUAUACGAGCUCGUGCGCGUGUCGCCACGCUUCGGCAUUUUGCUGGGCGCCAUGAUCUUGAGUAUCGGCUUUAUCAUCGUCGACAUCCUAUCAGUCACGCACGUCAUCGACGGCGGCGCAUUACCGGACGGCAUCAAUCCAUUCUGGAAGCUUGCAUUCGUCUUCAAAUGCCUGUCUGAUACCAUGGUCCUGGACGAUUUCAAGACGGCUCUCGACCGCCUCAAGCAGCACAAAAUGGACCGCACGGGUAGUGUCAUGAGUGAUGGUGUCCGUGGCGACUUCGUUGAUGUCGAACAAGCUCGGCAGAAGAAGGCAGAAGAACAUCGUGCCAAAGCUGAGCUGGAGGAGUAUAAGACCAGAACGAGAGACUGGUCGAAGGGCAAUGAUACCGACUUUCUUGAUCUCGAAGCAGCUCUGCGACUGGACGAAGAGGAGCAUGGCCAACGCAUGGAUUCGACGAUCUCUGGACGCGGUCUGAAAGGGGGUUGA